AUGGCAACUGCCGCAUCGCAGCCGCGGCCGGCCGACGAGCCGACCUGCCCCAUCUGCCUGCAGCUGUACACCGGACCCGGUGGUGCUGGGCUGCGAGCACCGCUUCUGCCGCUCGUUGUCUGGCGGAGGCGGCGGCCGAGCACUGCCCCGAGUGCCGGCCCGCGGGAGCCGCGGGAGCCGGCGCCGUGCCCUGCAGCUACUGCAGCCGCGCACAGCAGCCCGCCGUCAAAACCUGCCUCAGUGCGAGGCGUCAUGUGCCCGCUGCACCUCAAGCUGCACACGGGCAGCGGCGUCUUCCGCAGCCACCCGCUGGUGGACACGGCCGCCGACCUGUCCGCCUGGAGGUGCGCCGAACACGAGAGGGUGCUCGACGUCUACUGCAAGGACGACCGGGUGUGUGUCUGCACCCUCUGCACGCUGAUCGGCCGCCACCGGGGCCACCGCUGCGGCACCAUCAGCGAGGGCGAGCGGGAGCUGAGGAAUCUGAUAGCAGAAACUAAGAGGGAAGUCAAGGAGAAGUACGAUGAAUUGAGGAAGCACAUUGAAAAUGAAGAACGGGAUGUUUUCCUGUGUCUGGAUAAGGAACAGAGCCGUGUGAUAGCAGCAAUUGACAUUCAGAUCCACAAGCUGGAAAAUGAAAUUAAAUUCUUUGAGAUGUGCCUGGUCAAUUUUAAUGACCUUUCACAGAAGAGUGAAAAGCUUUCAUUUAUACAGGGAUUCAGUUCAAUGAUAACCAGGAUAAAGAAUGCGUCAGAACCAUUCAAGUCGCCUCAGCCUCAUCCUUGCCUGGAUAAAAUAAAACUGGAUAGGAUAAAAAAUCACACACAGAAGAACUACGAGCUUGUUUCCCAGGUGAAGAAGGAUAGGGAUCGCCUGAUCUCUCUGUAUGGACUGCGCCUGACCCCGGAUCUCAACACGGCCCACGCCCAGUUUAUCCUGUCUGACGGUAACAGGACGGUGUCCCUGUCUCCCAAGAGGCAGCCAGUGGCCAGGAACACGGAGCGUUUCGACUGCUGCCAGCAGCUGCUGUGUGCCGAGGCGGUGCAGGCGGGCCGCUGCUACUGGGAGGUGGAGGUGACAGGGGACAGCGGUGUCUGGAAGAUCGGCCUCUGCUACAAGAGCAUCAGCCGUAAGGGCAAGGGCACCGAGUGCCUGCUGGGCAGGAACUGCAAGUCGUGGUGUCUCUACUCGCUGGUGGGCUCGGUGCUGGCUCUCCAUGAUGACAACGACACCAAGCUGACAGUGGGGAACAUUUCCAGGGUGGGAGUAUAUGUGGAUUUCGAGGCCGGAACAAUCUUGUUCUACAGCGUGUCAGACAGGAAGCUCACCCUGAUACACAGUUUCCAGCAGGCGGCAUUCACCGAGCCCCUCUACCCUGCAGUGCAGAUUGGAGAUUUCACCACAUCUCUGACCCUCUGUACACUCAAGUAACCUCACCGCAUCCAACGAAACAGCACCAACCCACUGUGCCUGGGUCUUUGAAAGUGCUUUCCAAUUAGUCUCACUCCCUUCCCCCCUCACCUGCAUAUUUUAACCCGUUGAUCUAAUUCUCUUUUUAAAGUUAUGAUUGAGUGUGAGAUCCUACACAUUUCUUGUGCCUGCUUUUUAAAACUUAAAUGCAUUCCCGUUAAGCAGCCUCAGUGGUAGGGCUGAGUGCUUAGCCUCUUUAAGCAAAGUAUUCAUACAGAGCAGCAGAACCUCUCCUGGCAGCCUAGGCAAGGAGAUUGUCCGGGGGCCCCCCCCUUCCUGUGAGGUUUCCCCCCGAGACUGAGGGGGUGACAGGGCAAAGGCUGUAGGAGCAGCAGGGAGGGUGUCCAGGCAACAGCUCGAGGUCAUUGCCCCUCCCCUCCCCCUGCCUCCUGGCUCUGGGGCUGGAGGAGGCCACAGCGGUCCAGCCUGCCUGAAACACCCUCGCAGAGCCUCUGCCCCACAUUGGGCCGUGAACUGUUGGGCAGUCAGUAAAAGAUCCACCAUGGAUCUGGGGUGGCUAAUUCCUGGUCCCCCUUCCACAGUUCACCAGGGCCCGCUGGCCCUUCAGGUGAUUUCUGGCCCUUGGUUUUAACCAAUCGUGCCCACUACAACACCCCUUACCCCCAAAAUCUUUAGUUGGCUGCAGAAACUGCUUCGCCCCUCCCACCGCUGCCCCAAUCACUGCUGCCAGCCCUAGACUCCCAGUGGGGAACAGGGACCCUGGCAGACAACUGUUGGCCAGCAGAGCUGUUAGAUGUGGGAAUGGAGGCCUUACCUUGCUGAUAACCUCCCCGGCAGAGGACCAUCCAGUCCCAUGCUCCGUCACAUUCCAUCUCUAAUUCCUCCAAGGCCCUGGGAGUGAGGGACUUAUGACACUUUGGCCGUUUUGCUUUGUCCUUGCUGAGGCCUCCUCAGCUCUCUGUCCCAUACUCCAGAUGUGGCUUUCUUUAUCUCCUGAGCAGAUGUAUGUUGGCUGCCGCUCUUGUACAGGAACCUGUGACCUCCUGAAGUACUACUGAUACUUUCUUACUGCCAGUGAAACCUUGUGGAAUGUUUGGGAAUUUCUCGGAUUCUGGUUGGUGCGUACUACGUGUUUAUUUUGUCAUGGAAUGGCAUGAAUGCGGAUGCUAUU